AUGUAAAACUAAAAUAUUAAAUCUGUUACAUCGAGAUAGGAUGUAAAACCAAUAAAAGCAAAUAUUACAAGGUAAUUCUCAUGAAGUAUUAAAUUAGAGAAUAAUUUCAAACUCUAACCAAACUAUAUAACUUAGGGAGAUAAUAAAACAAUAAUGUUGAACGUGAUCGAAAUUAAUAAUAGCAAUAACCAUCUAACCAAUAAUAAUAAUAAACAAUUACGCCAAGAAAUAAUACACCUUAAUCUUGUAGAACUGCAUAAGAAGUAUUCAUUUAUAGUAAACAAAAAAAGAUGAAAUAUUUUUUGUAUUAAAAAAGUAAUCUGAAAGAGCAAGGAAAGAUGUAAAAUAAUUCAUAGGUAUUGCCUAAAACGAAAAAUAGUUUACAUCGCAACUUUUCUUAAUUAGAAAAGUCAGCAAGUGCUUUGCUUACACCUUUAAUCUAAACAACAACCACUCCGUAAUCAAAAUAGAAAAAAUAUAAUCUGAUGUCAAUUGAUCAAAGAUUCCCUUCAAACUAAUUCGCAUAAUAAAUUGCAUAACAAUUGAAAAAGAAGAAUGAAACCAAUAAGAAAGAAAAUUUAAAAGUGAGUUUGGAUGAUUUCAUCACCCAAGUGAGCAGACCAACCAAAACGCUCAUUUCCCCUUUUAAAUAGACAAAGUCUUUGUCUCCAUCAAGCAGAGUGUAAUCAGCUAAACCAAAAAGUAAUAAUCUUAAACUAAUAUAGAAUAAAUCUAUUAUGUUUCUUCCUUAGUUGAAGCAUUUAAGCAUUAGUAUCCUCAAACAUCUGAAUAAUAAUUAUUCAAGGAUCAUGCCGUUUAGACAUUCAAUUGUGUUGGUUUCUGCAUGAAUCUUUAAGAAUCAGAUCAAUAGAUCAUUCAAUCAAAAAUAUUAAAUUUACCACCAAAAUUGAAUUGCAAAUGUAAAAUUCUACUCAGAUAAUAUUAGAUUAAAAAACAGUAGUUUUUGAUCUUGAUGAAACAUUGAUUCAUUGUAAUGAAAACUAAUCAUUAAAGGCUGAUGUAUAUUUACCUAUAACAUUCCCUUCAGGGGAUACAGUCUAAGCAGGUAUUAAUAUUAGACCCUAUGCAAAAUGGAUUCUUCAAGAACUAAGUUAAAUAUGUGAGGUCGUAGUGUUCACUGCAUCUCAUCAAUGUUAUGCUAGUUAGGUGAUUUAAUACUUGGAUCCUAAAAAUUAACUACUUUCAGCGCAAUUAUUUAGAGACAAAUGUGUUUUAUCACCAGACGGAGUGCAUAUAAAGGAUUUGAAAAUAUUCAAUAGAGAUCUUAAAGACAUAGUAUUAGUUGACAAUGCUGCAUAUUCAUUUGGAGUUCAUCUAGAAAAUGGCAUUCCAAUAAUUCCAUAUUAUGAUAAUAAGGAUGAUAAAGAGUUGAAGACUUUAUAUGACUUUUUAGUUGAAUAGGUAUUGCCAGCACCUGAUUGCAGAUUGGUCUUGUAAUCAACAUUUAGAUUACGAGAAUUUUUAAAAUAUAAUGAACCAAAGUUAGCUAUUGAAAAACUAUUUUGA